ACGCACGUACAACUCUGAAGCCACGCCCCCCACUUUGCCGUCCUUUUCCGUUACGUCAACACGUCGUGCGCACAGCCUAUCCGUCGCGUCCCUUUGAUCACCAUAGCAACGGCACGUAACGCCGACUGGCGCCAUGAACACACCGAGAUAAAUAUUUCAUCGCUUGUUAAACUACCUGCACGACACCUCAGCCGCGUGAUGAUGCUUCUCAGCCAAGUUCUCCAUAUCUGGGUUCUCUUUGCUUGACUUCACACACACACACACACACACACACACACACACACACACACACACACACACACACACACUUUUGUUGCUGUCCCAUGAUGACCUCAGUGGAGAUGAAUGAAGGGUUUUCCCCACACGCAGGAACAUCAGGAAUACUCCUCUGUCCAUCAGGACGGAUGGAUGCUGAUAAAACCGCUGAGAGUUUGGAGACGCCGGAUUGCGAGACGCCGCGGUGCAAUCUUUCGAACAGUUUCGUGGAGGUGCUGCUGGAUAUUAGCGAUGAAAUCUCUGUGAAAGAGCAGGAAGCUUACAAGAUUCCCGACCAAACAGGCUGGGAUGACGCUAUCCAGGGUUGGGGUCGGUGUUCCCCUUUUUCCUGCCUGUUUACCGCACAACGAAAGAGCAAGAAGCUCAAACCGGAGAUCUCAGCCUCGCACUGUGUCCUUUGCACCGAUCUGAAGGACCUAAAGCUCUCGGAGAACCUUGUUCCCAGCCGUGCUGCUUCAGAAGCGCCCUACGAGAUAUCUGAAGAGCCUUUGAGAAGCAGCGUUCCUCCACCUCUGGAACACCUAAACAGAACCCCAAGCACCAUUACUUCUACCUUAUCCUCAGAAGAAGAACCGUCCGAGUUCACUUUUAAGGAGACGAGCAUCACGAAAGACCUGCUUGGAAAUAAACUGCUGUUUGGGCCUGAACAGUACACACCUGACAAAAUUCGACCUCACCCACCUCGACCGGAUGCUCCGUGCCUGUUCCUGAAAGAUAGAAAGCAGGAGGAAGUGUGUGGACGGAGGACCGAACGGAGAGAUACUUUACAUGCAGAAGCACAUCGGAGGGUAAAACUGCGACACAAGCCUCCUGAAAGUACUGCCAAGAGGAAACUUGUCGAAACUGCAGUCAUAAACACACUCAUUCGGUGCAGAUCAGGUUUUUCAGGUCUUUCCGGAGUUCUUCUGACCAGGGCUGUUCAGGGUUUCCUUUAGCCUCUCACUUCCCCACUGAUAAACCAGGUGACUAAAUUAGACACGUCCGUCGUCGCGUGAACUCUUUUACGCUGCAUACGGAGUAUCGGGAUUAUAUCUGGAGAAGGAUUACACACAAACUGGAUUUAAGACACGGAGGGGAAAAAGAUUUCAAUCUGAAACCGCUUCAGGCGGUCCGAGACAUAUUUAUAUUCAUAUACACGCCUGACCGAUUAUCCAAUCGGCCGAUCACGUGUGAGCAGCAUAAUGCAUAAAGUCAUGCAUCUACACACCAUGAGCUUCAGCUAAUCUUCUCUAGAUUUUAUACAGAGUGGUGCGAACGACUGAGCCGUCCGAAAGGCUGCUCAAACCACGACGAGGGGAACCUGAUGAUUUCGUAGACCAUAUCCACCUCACGCUUGUGUGUUCGGAGGUGCUUUUCUGCUCAGAACGUUGGUAAAGAGCGGUUAUUUGAGUUACCGUAGCCUUCUUGUCAGCUCAAACAAAUCCAAAAAAAACUGAACAGAAACCAGCUUUUCUGGGACCAAAAACCAUGUCAAUGAGAUCUCAUGUUUGAUACGAACAUCAGCUCCUUGAGCUGUAUCUGUGUGAUUUUAUGAUCAUGAUUCGUUAUUGGUCACAUAUACAUUACAGCACAGUGAAAUUCUUUUCAUCACAUACCCCAGCAUGUUGGGAAGUUGGGGUUAGAGUGCAGGGUCAGCCAUGAUACAGCCCCCCCCCCCCCCCCAGAGCAGAGAGGGUUAAGGGUAAAGGUUAAAGGUUAAGGGUAGCCUGGCAGUGCUGGGGCUUGAACCCUCGAGCUUCUGAUCAGUAACCCAGAGCCUUAACUGCAAAGCCCCACGCCGAUGGUUGUCACAUGAUGUGACAUGAUGAUCAUCAUGUCACAUGAUGAUCCAAACCAGGGUUUAACUGAAACUCUUCAGCAUCAAUCAGGACACUUUAUAUCAAUUGUGUUGAAUUCUGGAUUCUGAUUGGUCAGAAGGUGCUGAUUAGUUUUCGAUAAAAGCAGCUUGUUCUAACGCGUUAUCGUUUCUAUAGUAACAACUACAAGAAUUUCUGUAAUGAUUUCUAUCGUUACGUUUUGAUACAAACAUAAUCACAACGAUAAAUAGAACUGAAUAUGCAAAUUCGCCUAUGACGUCACCUGGUGAUUAUUAGACACUUUUUGAGCAAGAAUUGGCCCUUUCCCCUGAAAGUUGUUGACAACAAUAGUGGGAGAGUGUCAGCGUUAGCCGGCUAGCUUCUAGGUCUAGCUGGCGAAGUCCGGCCUGUCGGUUAAAUCUUUCUCAAAAACAUAUAUAUAUAUCUAUUGAUAUUAAAAACGAAGACGAAAAACAGGCCUCGAGCGUGUGUUUUGGUUGUGAGCGGGUGUAAGUACCUGGAC